AUGGAGGGCGUACGCCAGUCAUGUCGGCCAAAGCAUCAGGUCUUGGUUCUGAAAUGCUAUCCACAAUACCAGAAGGGGAUUCCGGAAGUCAAGCCGAAUCCGAGUGAACUUUCCUAUCUGCUCUACUAUGCGAGCACUCGUCGCAGCAAGCUGACCAAGGUCGGCGCUUUCCUGGAGAAACGGGCCGCUCGGGAUGUCUGGCGCCGCAAGAUAGGCAAUGUACAGGUGACACUUCAGAUUCUCACCGCGCUUAUCGAGAAAGUGCCCCGCGACCUCCCCAUCUACGCCCGCUCCGUGCUGACGGUAAUUGAAACCGUCCUACGCUCCCGUGAUAUCACAAUCGUGGAAGACUCGAUCGCGACCUUCGAAAUGUUCUGCCGCCAUCAGGAUAUGGCGGCGUUGUCGGCCGAACAGGACUUUGCGACACAAUACCGCGAGGUUGUGCGGACGUAUGCGAGCUUCGCUGAGGUGCAUUCGCCCCAGUUGGAUCCUGCUUCUAGCGGCCCUGCGGCGAUACGGUGGCGCAAUGCGGGACUUCGUGCGAUCAAGGGAGUGGUCAGUUCCGAGGCGGGCUUGGCUGCCGAUGGUGGAGAUUCGUUGAGGAUCAUAUUGCCGGUCAUUCUGGAGAACGUUUGCCACGGAGAUGAGGAUGUUAUCCCGUCUCUGGAACAGCAGCUUAUGGAAUCGGAGAAGAGCAGUGAGGCGGAUCUUGCGCACCGGCGCCGAAUUAGCAACGCUACCGUGCAGACUGUCGACACCGUGACUGGUGAUCCGGCCUUGGCUUCUCAAUCCGCGGCUGAUGCAGACAAGAAGGCGGAAAUGGAUGUGAGGCUGCUCGCUCUCAGCUGCCUUGAGCGCAUUGUUGUUACUGGAAGCAGCCGUGGUCAAAUCCGUGUGACCACGAAGGUUGUAUUGGACUUCAUGCUCCGCAGAAACCGAACCACCAGCUUGGGCUUGUCCUUGAACUCGCGUGAUAGCUGGGCUACGUCGUUGAUUGAACUGGUCGCGAAGUGGUGCCCGGUGCAGGUCCGGUUCAUCAUCUUGGUUGCCGCCAUGGAGCUUCUAUUCGAUGUCAACCCUAGAGAGGAAGCCCUAGAUGAACCUUUCAUCAUCGUCUACAUGAUUGACUGGUUGCUGAAGUCUCCUGUGAACAUGAUCGGUCUUAGCGUUAUCGAUAUCCUUUUGGGUCUUCUGCAGCAUAUGUCAUUUUUGCUGUCGCCUGCGGGUUCGGAGAAGCAAGUCGAACUAUCUGGGAAGAGAGCAGAUCUGAUUACUCUCUUCCAGCGGUGCAUUGGAGACCUUACGACACAUAUCUACUAUGGCGAUCAAGUUGUAGAUAUGAUUAGAGUAGUCCUGACUCGGAUCAAGCCUUCAUCCACCCACGAACAUCCUGCACAAGUUUCUAACGAUUCUCCCGGAGCUGCUUCGCAGGCUGGAAGUCUCACUGGGGAGGCCAGUUCGAUCGCGUUUUCUUCCACUACCGGACGGGUUGCCGCACUUAGAGCUAUCAAGAACAUUCUGAUGGUAGCGAACUCUCGGAAUCCCGCAGCUGUAUCUGGCGUGGAGUCCAGGAACCAUGUCGGAAUCCACGUCUGGGAAGGGACGCAGUGGUUGUUGCAGGAACGUCAAGGCGAUGCGCGUUACGCAUAUGCUGAUGCGUUACUGUCCUGGUUGAAACUCGAAACAAAUCAGAGCGACUUGACCGUCAAGGAUAAGCACGCAAAACCCUCAAUCCCCAAAGGGGAACUAACGGAUGUCGGCGAGAGGACUGGAAAGCGAUCAGUGUCUACGGCGAUGCAGAGAGAGAAGGCUGCCAUAGCAGCUCAAUUCAACUUCCUCCGAAUGCUCCACCUGACUAUUUAUGACAUCGCGCUCGAGAGCCCGACUAGCAUUUCUGAAAUCAGGUUGCUUCAUUUGAUCUUGGCCAGCCUUGUUGAUAAGCUCGGGGUCAACGCCGCCCGUUUUGGACUGCCUAUGGUGCUGAAGCUUCAAGAUGAUAUGAACAGCGCUCCAAGCCUGGCAUUCGGUUCUACCAAGGUCAAUAUCGGAAGCUUGGUGUAUGGAUAUCUGUGGGCUUUGUCUGAGCGAUUCGAGCUGGGAUCGACAGAGGUAGGCCAGGCCAUUCAAGGAGAGAUCUCCAAGAGGCAACAGCUUGGCCUUUGGCUUGACCCUAUCCGCUUGCCCGCCGCUGAUCUCGACCAAAUCCUACAAGGCGGAGAUCACCGUGCCACCGGUAACACCACGAACACUGAUCAGAUGACUCCCUUUAUCACCGACGUUGAGCACCUUGUUCGUGGCAUCGAAGAUGCAUACAACCAUGCCGCGCUCGUCUCUUCUCACAGCCCUCCGGGCUCCCCAACGCGCAGCUUCACUAUGCCUAUCCUGGGACAUGGAUCAGUUUCAGCUCCGCGCGGUGAUCUUCUUCCUCCGCUCGUUAGGGAGCAGAUGCUUUCGGCAUGGUCCCGAGAAUCAUGCCUUGCAGCCGCGGAGCGGGAGAGGACCGAAGCAUUGUCCCUCAAUGGCUCCAAGGCCGGAACAAUGGCGAUACGCAGUCACAUUUACCUGAAUGGCGCAGACGGCAGUUCGCCAUCGACUACCUCGCCUCCAUCCGCGCAGCAAAGUGCAGCAGGACUGCACAACUCGCGGCGGAUGAGCGUCCCCGAAUCUGCCCGGGGGCACGCUCAGAGCACUAGCAGGGAGUCCCCGGUUCAUAUCAACGACCUGCGUCGUGUGCUUUCCAUCAACGAUCAGGACAAGAUGCGCCGGUUGAGCCCGCUACGUGGUCGACUGGAUGCUUCCAACCGCAGCGUGGUCUCGUCUAGCAGCGAGAGCAUGGUCAGCGGUUAUUCCUUGUCUGAGAUUGACGGAGACGGAGCUUCGAUCAGGCCUCAGUCGACUAGGGAUGGACACGGUCUUCCGGACGGCGACGGCAUGGUGACUCCCAAAGCUUCCGCCCUAGGAUACACAGAGAAUGGCCAAGCCUACUUCAUGGCCGCAGACGAUAUUCCCCCUGUGCCCCCGAUUCCCCCGUCGUUGUCGGUCACCGAAGGCAUGUCGAACGACUCGCAGCGAUCCCUGGCCUCAGAGCGACCAUCGACUGCACCAGGGCCGCGUCGGCUGCCAACAGCAAACGGCAAGCCCGGCACACCUGCCGCACCUCACCACGGCAAAUCUCUCAACAAGCACAAGAGCCGGUCCAGCACGGGUCUCGCAGCUGCAGCGGCUGAUGGUGACUACUCCAGAGGCCAUGUCUACGACGGGGUGCCAGACCUGUCCGAGCCAACGGACAGUGCCCAGCGCCGUGACGUGCAGAACCUUCUGAACGGGUUCUUGUCCCCGGCACAUGCAGAGUCGCAGUCGCGCCCCGGCAGGCCCCGUGGUGCUUCUCGGCGGGGCAUUACUGGAGGAAUCGGCCGUCCGCCUUAUUGA